CCCAAAGCCAAAACACUCGAACUUCCCGUUCAGCAUCAAGUGUCAUCACGAAUCGCCGUUAUUCCAUCAACAUUCAUCAUGAGUCCGGGCGCUACUAACGGAGAAGCCGAGGUCGGAUCAAAUGAACCAAUGCAGAAGAGCAAGGCGACGCCCGAUACGCUCAAGAUCGGAUGCAUCGCCCUCGUCACCAAAGAUGGGCAACCACGGCGCGCCGAGAUCCUCAGCAUAAGGGAAACCAAAAGUGGCAAGCAAUUCUAUUGCAACUUUGAUAACUUCAACAAGCGAUUAGACGAAUGGGUUACGGUUGAUAGGAUCGACUUCGAUCAGGAUGUUGAGUGGCCCAACCCGGACAAAGACAAACUGAAGGACGCCAAGAACAAGAAGACGGGAGCGGUAUCCAAAAAGUCACAACCAUCGAAGAAGACGCAGAAGAGAAUUGGCAAGCGGGAGCAGUCCGUCGCGUCAGAAGGCCAGACACCACAUCAGUGGACCGAGUCUGCCGACGGGCAAAACAAGCCAGAUGGGGAAGACGGAGCGAAUGCGAGCUUAGAGGUCGGGGCCACGCCCGGCGUCGGCCCCGACGAGAUGGAACUGGACGAGGACGAGACGCCGGCCAGCGCCGCCAAGAAAGAAAAGGCGCAGCCGUUCAGCCGCGAGCAGGAGAUCGAGAAGUUGCGGACCUCGGGCUCUAUGACGCAGAAUCCCGCCGAGAUUUCCCGCAUCCGGAACAUCAACAAGGUAGAGUUCGGGCGGUACGUGCUCUUUCCUUGGUACUUCUCGCCAUAUCCAGAGGCCUUCAGCCAGGAGGACUGCAUCUAUAUCUGCGAGUUCUGCCUGAGCUACUUCGGCAACCUGAAAUCCUUCACGCGACACCGCACAAAGUGCACACUACAACAUCCGCCGGGGAACGAGAUCUACCGGGACGAUUUCAUAUCAUUUUUCGAGAUUGACGGCAGGCGGCAGCGGACAUGGUGCCGGAACCUGUGUCUCCUAUGCAAGAUGUUUUUGGACCACAAGACGCUUUACUACGAUGUGGAUCCCUUCCUCUUCUAUGUCAUGACGUCUAGGGACGAGAAGGGGUCGCACAUCAUUGGUUUCUUCUCCAAAGAGAAAGAGAGUGCGGACGGAUACAACGUGGCCUGUAUCCUGACACUACCACCGUACCAGCGCAAGGGGUACGGUCGGCUGCUCAUCCAGUUCUCGUACGAGCUAUCCAAGAUCGAGGGCAAGCUCGGGUCGCCCGAGAAGCCGCUUUCUGAUCUGGGUCUGCUGAGUUACCGGCAAUACUGGGCGGAGAACAUCAUUGAUCUGCUGCUUGGAUACAGCGAGAGCGGGGAGAAGUGCACGAUUGAGACCAUUGCAACACGGCUCGCCAUGACGACCCAGGACGUCGAGCACACCCUGCAGGCGCUCAAGAUGCAGGUGUACCACAAAGGGGAGCACAAAAUCGUGAUACCAGAGAAGCUCCUGAAGCAGCGGGAGAAGUCGAGAGCGAAGCAGAAGCGCGUGAUCGACCCGUCGAGGAUCCAGUGGAAACCUCCGGUCUUCACUGCGGCCAACAGGACAUGGGGAUGGUAGUCGUGUAAAACGCGUUGUUUGCUACCAAUUAUUGUUGGACGAGUUGGAAAGAGUAGGCGCUGGAUUCAUAUACCCAUUGAUGACAUUCAGAUUUGCAGCAG